AAAUCUGGAUGGUUUUGGAAUUUUGAAUGCUAAUAUAUUUAUCUUUAUAAAUGAAAACUGUAUUAGAGUGAGAUAACACAGGAGAUAGUAACUUGAUAGCAGUAUGAUAUAGCAGUUUUAAUGUGUUUAACGGCAAAAUAGACACUUAGUGUUUUCUUCUGUUUCGGAUAUGAUUCCAUACUUUAAGAUUUCCACUUUCGCGUCCUUGAGCACGUGUUGAUGUUUUGCUUGUUUCUCGGUGACUGAACCAUGGCGAGAAUACGAAAACAGAGCAGAAAUAAGACUUAUAACUACACAAAAGACCGAAAGAGAAGCUGGAAAAACAAAAGCAAACAACAAAAAAUUACAUGUGAGACUGUGAGAGAAUCUUGGGAUGAGAAGAAGUCUGUGGCACAGAACAUGCAUGACAUGGGACUGUCAGCAGACUCCAACAAGACCAUCAGGAUCCCCAAAACUAAGGAAUUUCUGACAAAGUCUGCUGAAGUUGUCAUGGCAAUGAAAUCCAAGAAAAAGAAAGCUCUCAAGCAUCAUGUUGUUGAUGCUCUUGAGAAGCAGGCCAAUAUUCCACAGGAGGCCAGGCUGCGACUGUCAGACUUGGAGGUCAGAUACUGUGUACACAUGAUAGAGAAACACGGGGAGGACUAUAAGGCAAUGGCACGGGACCCAAAGAACUAUUACCAGGAUACACCUAAACAGAUAAAAAAGAAAAUCAACCGAUUUAAGAACAUUCCCGAGCAGUAUGAGGCCUACCUUCGCUCAAAAGUAUACCUGUCCCCGCUCCCUGGUGGCGCUGUCGUGGCACAAGUAAAGAUGACCGGUGGCCGCCGCAUCACACGGGGCUAUGAGGCUGGGAGGAGGAACGGACACUUCAACACCACCCCUCCCCGCACCGACAGCAGCAGCAGCACUGGGACGACGGAGCGGGUCAUGUCACGUGUUAAACGGAAACUGAACUUCGGCAGAAAGCCUCCCAAGGAAAGGGACUUAACUCCUAACACCUCCAGUACAAGCAAGGCCAGUAGAAAGAAAUCGAAGACCGGUUCAAGGAUCCAAAAUCUGAAAAGAUCAGUUCGGAGAACCGGAAACACAAUCAACCGUGAACUGCGCAAUCUCCUGAACUCUGCUGUGACUGUGAUACUUCCUGUGCGCCUCCGUUCCGAUAUGCGCCGCUUAGAGCGCACCGGAAGUACUAGUGGCGGGAAGAGGACAACAAGUCGUGAAGGUUACCCAGUCAAAUCAUCCCAGGAAGUGACCCAUCUACCCAAGAGACGCAGCAGGCACAGAUCCAAGGAGGUUGUAACUGGUAACAUGAUUGUGAGAUGAAAUACACCACUUGUAUGUUUAACACCACUGUUUUGAUCGGUUGUAUUCUCCGUUUGUCACAUUUUUGUCGAAGACUUCUCGCGAAAACGUCAAUGAGACUUCAGUGUAAAUAUCCUUGUUUCAUAGUGUACAUUAAAUAACUUCGUAUUUUGUUAUUUUCCCCUGGCUUUCCAGUUGUUGCACCUACAGCUGUUUACGUAAUGGCCUCUGGUCGUAAUGUUGUUUGUUGUUUAAGUUUGUUGUAAAUAUUUUGCAUCCACCCCAUUUACUUGUUAUUUGUUAUCGUAUGUGAUGCGUCUUUGGUUUGCAAGCUGGUACAAAUACCAUGUUUCUAUUUUGUUUACCUUGUGCAUGUCAUGAAUGUGUAAAGAAAGAGUAUAUUUGACCAGCCGUGUUUCAGAUGAUUGUUCACAUAUGUAUCGAUUAAAAGCUUAAAAAUAUCAGUUUGUCAUUCUCACUAGAGAAGGCAUCGCUUUUCUGUGCUAACCACGGCAGUGAAAUGGUUAUGAACAGAUUACCCCCAUGCUUGAAAAACAACCGAGUGUACGGGAAAUCAGCUGAUCAGGUUCUACGUAUCCACAGACACAUAUAUUUACAGAACAGUUUGCUGGAAUAUUGUUGAUUGUUUCAUAAAAUACUCAAUACGGAGCUGACUGAAUGGUUUCAAAAUCGUCAACUACGUUGUACGAGCUUUGUGUAGCGCCAGGCGGUUCACAGUGAAACUUUGUCAUAUCAAUACUCACAUUACCCUGUGAGAUCCUUAUUAAAAGACGUCCUCAGCAACCCAUUACUGUCCUGAGAAACGACUGACGGGAUCGGGUGGUUAGUCUUUGCUGAUGCAUGUGUUGUACAGCUGGAAUAAUGCUGUGAGCGGCGUUAAACAACAAACAAAAAAUCUAAGUGCUGUCGAUGAAUGAUGUAGAUAACGGAAAUAGUUUAGAAGCCCCGAAUGUGUGCGCACAUACAAGGGGCAUCACCAACACAUCAGGUUUAAGUGUGUUAUGUGUUUUCUAGUCAUAGUACAUCAUUGUCUUUCGAUUAUUGACAACCCGCCAUCAUACAGCUGGAAUACUGCUGAGUGCGGCGUUAAACAGCAAAGAGGGAAAGAUAAUUUAGGGUCCGCACUUGAACCCUACAAGUGUUUGAAUCAUCUUGCUCAUUUUACGUAGGCCUCUAUUACUGUGAACAAAGCUUGAUUUACUGAAAAUACAACAUUCUGAAACUGAAAACAAUUCUCUCUUUUUGUGGUGUUUCACAACUUUUGAAUAUGCCUGGUCUUUUUCUUUAAAGAGGAACUUGGAUCGGACCAGUAAGCUGCAGUAGUAAGUUCAAAACCAGUCAUUCAGCUGGUGUUGUCAUCUUGAUCAUGGUAGCAAUAAAUCAUUGAUGGCAUUCGUG